CCAUGUCCAAAAUUGCUCAUCUUUGUAUUGUCCGUCGGAACUGAUCCUGCCGCCGAAACCCCUUUUGUUCAUAUAUCUGCGGACGCUGGCGUCCGCAAAUUGGCUUAUUGAAAUGCGCGAAAAUCGAAAACAGUCGAGAUGGCAUUUUUAUCUAAAGAAAACUGUUUUAAAACCCGAGCAAGAAUCAGCUAUUUGUUCUGGCGGUUUUGCACUGGGUUUACCAAAUGUUUGUACGCGCUUGAUAGUACACUGAGAGGUCAUGACAUACAUAUCGAUUGACUGUAGUUAUUGUUUUCCAGUCGAAAACUUUUUUUAUUACGGCUGAAUAAGGGUUCCAAUUUUCUCCAAAGUGCCUUCUGGAUCUGAAUAACUAAGCGAAUUUUUUAGUCCGUGAGUGUAAUGUUUUUCUGCAAUGGCGAGUUGCGACACUUGAUUGACAGAAAAAUCGGAUUACUAGAAAAUUGGUAGUUUAUGCAAAAACAUAGGCUCUUAGGUCCCCCUUCCCAGAUGAUCGCAACGUGGUCCCAUAAAAAUGAUCGAACGAACAUCUGGCGACAUCUGGCGACUCAAAUAGUUUAAACAGAGUGGGAAUGAUGGCUUUCUAUUAAGAGAUCUUUGAGCGCGAGUAUCAAAGUAAAAACGUCGAGCAAUCAAGGGAGGUGGGGGUAAACCAAAGCGUGGUCACACAUAAGAGAGGGACUAAAAGAAUAGUGGUUAUGUUCAAGCUGUGGUCGCAACGAACGGUGAUCACAGAAGAUUUCCUGCUUGUUGUAGAUAAGGACAAAACAUGUCAAUAACCAGAACUCUUUGCAAGAUUGUCAUCGCGGCGAUGUUGUAAAUUAAGUGCAGAGAGACAGUACAAUAACCUUUCCCCGUGUCAACUUCUCUAGGGCCCUCGUGCUGAAGCUAUGAUGCGCUCAGCAAUGGAGCGCGGAAAGUGGGUCUUUUUCCAGAACUGUCACUUGGCCCCCAGCUGGAUGCCAUCUCUGGAGAGGCUUGUAGAGAACAUUGACGUGGACAAGGUACAGAAUAAUGCUAUGGAUACACCUCGUGCUCUGUCAAUUGUACAGGACUGUCAGAAGUCAAAAAGUGGUCGAAAAAAAAUCUUCACAGUCAGAGAAAUGUCAGAGAAUUUUACUCUGGGUCAGAAAAAAUGAUAUUUGGAGAAACAUGAGCAAGAGCUACAUAUUUACUCAUCAAGCACGAAAACUGAGCGAAAAGACGGCCGUAAGUGGUCCAUAGAGGCCGCUACUAUAUUAGCCUUUUUGUAUUACGUUCUUCAAUCAAGUUUAAUUUUAAAUCUCAGAUUUUAAGUCAGUUAAUGUAUCAAAUUUAUCGACAGGUUCAUCGCGAUUUCCGCCUGUGGUUAACCAGCAUGCCUAGUCCCAAGUUUCCAGUCUCCAUUCUACAGAAUGGUUCAAAAAUGACAGUGGAGCCUCCCAGGGGGAUUAAGGCCAAUCUACUGAGGUCGUUCACUGGAUUCAGUGACGACUUCUAUGCUAGCUGUAAGAGGGUGAGUACACUAUACAGACCAGAUCAAAUCUGAAGCUAUUUUGCAUUCCGCACAAGUUAUAGUGUUACAUAAGUGCUAAUUAACUCCAACGCACGAGAACAUUUUUGAGCCUGAAUAGGACAGAUAGGACCAUAAGGCAUCAGAAACGAAGUAAAACAGCAGAAUGCCAUACCAGCUUUUUUUGACUCACGUUCAAAGUUUAGUGAACUUCAGUGUACAGAACUUAGCAGUUAACGGAGUACAGAUUAAACCGUUUGUUCAAGAACUGGCGUAAGACUUCUCUUCAACAGGGGAUACAACAUGUAUCCAAAUCAGAAGCACUUUUACUCUACGUUUGCACGCGUUUUAAGUUCUACAUUUUCGUCAAAGUUUAGAAUGCAUUUUCCCAAGUCGAGAUCUCUAACACGAGAGAGGGUUUUUUAUGGGCUCAUCGCCAUGAGAAUAAUUGACGAGAACGGUCAAUACUUAUAAUACCAUUUUCUCUUUGCAGGAAGAGUUCAAAUUUCUUCUUUUCUCUCUGUGUCUUUUCCACGGUGUUACGUUGGAGAGAAGGAAGUUUGGAGCGCUUGGUUUUAACAUUCCUUACGAGUUUACCACUGGGGACUUAAGGAUCUGUAUCAGUCAACUGAGUAUGUUCCUAGAAGAAUAUGAAGGAGUGGUACCCUUUAAGGUAAAUUGCCUUCAUUUUUUUUUGUGCUGUCAACUCUCCCGGACAAUCUGGGAGACUCCAGAUUUUGAACCUUAUUUCCCGGUCUCCAGAUUAGAGUCUUAAAUCUCCCGGAUAAUCGCCGAGGUUUGCCAUUUCUUGUAGACUCGACUCUCUGACAAUGAAAUUUCAAAUAUUCGAACUUUCCCUCAUAAACUCCAGUAUACCAUUGUAAUAAAAGCAAUAACGUGAUUGGUGGGAAGUAAACCAAUCAGGUCAAAUGUUACAAUUCCAACAACGUCUUUUUCGCGCGUUUUUUUGCAGAAAUGUCGUCAUGUGCUGUGCAUUGUGACGUCAUCUAUCACCCCGUCCCUAUCAAUUCUCAAUAUUUAAAGACGUGGGGGAUUGACAGCCCUGAUUACUUGAAACACAGUGUUUUAUCCGAUAUUCUACCAUCACUAGAGAAGUGAGUUAAGUCCUAAAGGGGCUGUGACAUGGCUGUCUAGUUCAUUUUGUCAAUAAUCGGUGGCAAUCAGGCUUCCUUAUUCGCUAUGGAGCAUGAGAAAUUAUUUGUGAAUAACAAAAUCACAGUUUCGUUUCAAACUAAAAUGUUUCACAAGCAUUAUAUCAAACGUUACAAACAACAGCAACGAACCUUGAGAUACUGUAAGGCCAACAAGUUUUCAAAAACCACAAUUGCAAUCCGUUUCAAUCUCAAGUCUUUGGGUUUAUCCCAUUCGUGCCUUCUUUUGUAUUUGCUAUAUUAUUUAUACCUCUUUUUCUUAUUUGAGCGGUUAUUUUUAUGUUUAACUCAGGUUUGUGGUGUUUCCCACUGUUUGAAUUUUGAUAAAUUUCGUGACACAACUCCUUCAAGCCUUUAGAGUAAUCAGCAUCCAAAUUCUCCCUGUAAUAUCUGUGCUUUAUAAAACAAAGUGGUCGCGAGAAUUACGGACUAUGGUCUCACAAGGUGAAUUUCAUUGAUACCUUAGCAACUUCUCCUCGUUUGGGGACAACAAAAGAGAAAUUAAAUUUUGAUAUUAAAGUCUCUUAAGACUCUUAAAAACGAGCCUUACUAACCUUCACAACGCAGGCUGUUGUAAACGUUUGAUGUUGUACAGUAUUUGGCAAUUUGUACAAUAGUUUGAGCCCCCGUUUUGGUAAAAACGCUCUAAAUUUUUCUCUAAUUGCAAGCCCUUACUUCAAGUGGGCAAAUAUAAAUCGCAAAUAAAUACAUAAUUGGUUCAGGAGUUCACGAGCUUAAAAUACGAAGGAUGCCUGGUAGACAAAAUUCUGGUCAUUACAAUCCAUUAUGUUUGGAACGUUUUGUUAUAGUCUGAAUUGACGAAAGCGUGACGUGGCCUGCGCGCGAGCUCUCCAUCGCGAAAAAACGCCGCUCUUUGCACUCUCGUCUCCUUUCGCGUGCUGCUCUCGCGUGCUGCUCUCGCGUGACUUCUCGCAACUCCACCAAAUGGAGAGCUUGCUCGCAGGCUAAGCUUGACUUUUUUUUUUCUUGCUGUAGGUUUUAAAGUACACCGCUGGCCACAUCAAUUACGGUGGGCGCGUAACCGACGAUUGGGACAGACGCUGUAUCAUGAAUAUCUUGAAUGAUUACUACUCGCCUGAUGUGCUCAGUGAUGAACACAAGUUUUCUGAGUCAGGGAUUUAUCAUCAGCUACCUGUUACAGCUGAUCAUGAGGUAUAUUUAAUAGCAGCUUUAGUCUGUGAACACCCGGCUUCUUCUCUUCUGUAAGGUUUACCUUUGAACCAAUAGGCCACUUCCGAGUUCCAAAAACUCUCACUUUCAAAAUGAGGCUAGGUGCACAACCUUUCUUGUGAAAAUGAGUUUUAUUUGCACGAGAACGAAAAAUGAUUUCCCAGUAUCAAAGGCUGAGCACCUACCCUCGUUUUGAAACAGAGGCCCGGGGGAACUCGGAAAUGGCCUAUUGGGUAUACACAGAUUUUAUUAGAAACUGGUUCAUUUGUUUAAUACAGUUCCCGAGUUUGGUAUUUUAUUUCAAGAGAAAGUGGCCGUUGAUUUCUUCUUCUGGUCAUUCUUACAAAAUGAAAUCACGGGUUACAAAAUGUCUCACUCAACUCUACUUACGAAUGUAAAAUGAUUAUUACAAUUUCGUAUCCUAAGUGCCUCAGAAUAAUUGUUGGCGACUACAUCAACUGCAAGGCAAAAGCGUUCUUCAAGGAUAUGUUAAUUGCCGAGUUCUAUUGAAGUAGGAGAAACGUUACAAGCCUACGAAAGGAAAUGAAUCAUAUGAGUCAUAUAAGUUACACUAAGGCUCUAUUAGUCUAUUUACACUGAUGAAACAGUCUUAGCCGUAUGUCUAAAGGAGACAGUGUACGUUUGUAUGCCACAGUUAUUCCAGAAACAUUUUUCGGAAUAAACGUUAUUAAUAUGUGAAGUUUGUUUUUCACAGCAUUAUCUCCGUUACAUUCGUGGUCUACCCAUCAACGAUACCCCGGAGAUAUUUGCUCUUCACGAGAACGCCAACAUCACGUUUGCUCAGAAUGAGACUUUUAGUUUGCUUCGAGGAAUACUCAAGAUGCAGCCACGGUCAUCAUCCGGCUCUGGCAGGUCACGAGAAGAGGUGUGUUUUAGGAAUUGGGUAUCAUGAAAUGCAGGCGCUUACUCUUGGAGGCGGGUGACGGGGGGUGGGGCUGAAAAGUCAAAGAAGCAGGGAGGGAGCAAGACUCGUCUAUCCUUGUUCCCAUCCUGUUGGUCGCUUUUUAGACAUUUCCAUUCUUCUUCUGUUGUAACGUCCAAGACGGCGACUAAAGGCUAAUUACAGGACAUACAGAGGGUUCUCUAGCCCGAAAAAAAAGGCCUGCACUGCAGACUAGAAUGGGGAACUUAUAGCCUUGCUAAUCACUGUAAUGCACCAGACUUAAAUCCACAACAUGCUAUGCCCGGAAACAGAAGCAGCCGCUCCGCCGAGCGUAGUCGGCAUGCGCAGUCGUUGCCACGCGCGUUAAAACAGGUAACCAAUUGGUUUCACUUCUAAUUGUCCAGAAAAAGUGUUUCAGCCUUUCAUUUUCACUGUCAGACUAUUUCCUCUCUUAAAUUGAAAGUUUAUAAAAAGGAAAAUGGUAGUUUGUUAUUUCCAGAUAUUUUUCUUUUUUUUUUGACUAAACGGAGUUUGUUUCCUAGGUGAUGGAGGAAGCUGGUCGCAGUAUCCUGGAAAAAGUUCCACAGCCCAUAUCUGUUUCAAUGGUAAUGGAGAAACACCCGGUGCGGUAUGAAGAGUCAAUGAACACAGUGUUGAUCCAGGAAGUUAUUCGAUACAAUAAACUGUUAGUGACCGUCAGACAGACACUAAACGACCUGCUCAAGGCUCUCAAGGGUCUGGUAGUGAUGUCACAAGCGUUGGAGACAAUGGCGAACAGUAUUUAUAACAACGCUGUACCUGAUUUGUGGGCCAGUAAGGUAUGUAAACACCAGUAAAAAUCGAAGUAAUUAUUUUACCAUUUUAACUCAAAAUACUCGUUGUUCUCGUUGCAACUUCGUGAUUGUCUAAUCAUUUUUUGUUAUUAUACGACGAACAAAGCAAGACUUCCACAUCAUAACAUUUGGUCCAAUUUUGCUUGUUAAGAAAAAUUAACCCUGUAAGAAACCGAGAAAUAUUUAAGUCAAUGUUGAACUCUAUUGUAUUAUGUAAGUUAAAUCAGUCAGUAUUUACUUGGGCGGAGCGCCAAGUAAAGGAUUUGCGACUCUCAGGAAUGGUUUCAAAGCUGCUUUUUUCGGGACAAGAUUGGGCACACAAGUUCGUGACUUUUCGGUUUGUUUAAGCUUGUUACACUAUAUCGAUGUGUUCGUUUCCAGGCCUACCCAUCGCUAAAACCGCUGGCCUCUUGGGUAACUGAUCUGGUGGCUCGCGUUCAGUUUAUUGACAAGUGGAUCGAACAUGGAAUUCCUCCAGUAAGUCACAUACCUUAGUCUCCUUUAUUUAUCUCCCUCCAAGUGACGUAGCUCCUCCUUAUCGAAGUUUCUUUUAAGUUGAUGGCCAAAAAAAAUAAUUAAUGUUCUUCAAAUAUAUAACUACAAACUUAGCUUCACGCUAUUUGCUCUUUUUGAAAAGCUAAAAUAUGUCUUUGCAUCAAUUGAAUUCCAAGAAUAAUGGUCCAGUUUUGUUAUUUAAUGCUAUAUUUAGGCGUUGAAACUUUUUCCUGUGGUCUGGUGCUUAUACGGAUGGCAAUUAUGGACAUAGAUUGAAAUGCCAUGCUCGCAAAAAUCUUCAAGAAAUAUUAUGUUUUGUGCUCCUAUAUGAAAUUUGUUGGAUAUCUCCUUCAUAUCUCUACAGGAGUUUUUGGCGGGGGUAAUCGAACUAAGUAAGAUAACAAUAUCCUCGUCGCCCUGUUAAAUAUUCUUUACUGACGUUUUGGGGGUAUUUUUUGGCAGGUCUUCUGGAUAUCAGGAUUCUUCUUCCCUCAGGGAUUUCUGACUGGGACUCUUCAGAAUUAUGCAAGAUCCUCCUCCAUAUCAAUCGAUGUCAUCACAUUUGACUUUGAGGUAACUGCUAGUUGUGAGAAAACGUCAGUUGUUUUAUGGGGAAAACUAAAAUGAAGCUGUAAUUUAACAAAGUCGUGGAUAAUUGCUUUAAUUAACCUGACAUCCACUCAAGAGUUGUGAUAUUUUCAGAGGGUUUAUUUCAUUUGUCUCCAUGAAAAAAGGUAACCGCCUUGGAAUUUUUAAUGGUGAAGUUCACGAAUACGUGUAGUACUCCACAAACAUUUCACGAAUGCAUGCAGCACUUUGCCAAAGGGUUAAUAGUAAAGGCCUCUUAUUUCAGGUCGGUCGCACGAAAGAACUAUCUGGUUAACAAACUUGAGGCCAGCUGUGCGCUCUCUGUACCCAUUUCUGUAGCUCUCCAUUAGUGCACCACUUAAGCUAUGGUAAAACAGGCAACAAAAAAACGUGCAACUUGUUUUGCAACAUUAUUGGAGAAUUUGUUAUAUAGCGAUGUUGCGCGUUUUACCACCCACGUUCAAACCUGUUUUGCAGCCACUAAAGGUUGCGCAACAUCUCUUUUCAAAUCGUUUUGCAGCAAUACUGUGAAACAAGUUGCCCGUUUUUGUUGCCCGAAUUACCGCGCCUUCACCCGUGUUUUUUGUGGUUUUUCUGUUAACAGGUGAUGAAGAAAACUGAAGCAGAGCUGACUUCGCGUCCAAGUAACGGCUGUUUCAUCCGAGGGCUUUUCCUUGAAGGCGCCAGGUGGGAUUACGAUAAACACGAGCUGGCCGAGUCUCGACCAAAGGAACUGUACACUGAUAUGCCGAUCAUCUGGUUAAAGCCGACUGCCAACCGAGAGAAACCUGAGAAGGGCAUUUACGAAUGUCCAGUGUAUAAAACAUUGACCCGAGCCGGUAAGUUUUGUUGUCAUGUCAUUGAGAUUCUACUUCGACAAGUGAGUUGUAUCGCUGCUUGUUUUGCAAAUAAUUCGAUACGUUACGUUAUCUUCUAGAAAAUAAACAGCAGUCAGUUAAGGCUGUACAGUGUAUCGUUUGAUUUGAAAAUGGCGCACUUAGGCUAUGUCGACACGAAUCCGGACAUUUUUGAAACCGCAUUUUUUUUUAAGUAAAAUCCAACUAGUGGUCUAUUAUCAAUGCUGCGUUGUGAUUGGUUGAGCUGCUACUAGGCUAUAUAUUAUAGCCCAUUAGUAGCGAAAAGCGCCGGAUUUUUGGCGGCAAAAAAGGAUUUAAGUCUUGCUUUAAGUUGUUGUCUCGAUAUUUUUGACCAACUAGUUGGAUUUUACUGAAACAAUUAUUCCUCUCGCCCUCAUGGCCUCUAAGUCAAUAGCUCCUCAUUCGGGCUCGAGGAAUAAUUGUUAAUUGUUCGGAUUUGUGUGGACAGAAGGCCGAUUCGUGUAAAAAAAAUUACCACUUUAUUACAUCCAUUUUUACCUGCCAUUAGAUUUGAUACUUGAAGCAAGAUAUUAGAUUUGAAAUCUGUUUGGUUGUGCUGUUUCAGUGUUCUUCUUUCAUUGGCUGGGAAAAAAAAUGCGAUUUAGAGCAAAAAAUAGUGCGAUUUGGGAAUACGUCUCACUGCUGAGAGCCAAUCGGAUUGCACGGACUGCGGGCAGUGAUUUCAAAGUGAAUGUAAUGAGUGUGGACAUGGCCUCAUUUAUUUUCUUUUGUUUUGUUGACCCCUAGGUACUCUGUCUACAACGGGGCAUUCGACAAACUUUGUCCUUCCAGUGGAGAUACCAAGCAACCAGCCACAGCGACACUGGAUCAAAAGAGGGGUGGCUCUUAUGUGUGCGCUCAACUACUAAAAUAUCGCGCAUUGCAUGUAAUGACUUAGGUACAACAACAGCUUCUGAUUGUUUUCAGCAUCCCCAUUAUAUCAUUCGUACGUUGUAGUUGUUUUGAAAUAUUAAGAAGCUUGGAAUAUUUGUCAACUGCGUAGAGAGUAGUGCUCGCUAUUCAUGUUUGACUUUUUUACUUUCGUGUGUUGCGUAGUAAAGUAGCUUUAUAUGAGGCCGUUGAAUAAGUGUCCGGCUGUUUCGUUACAAAAUCGUUCCGCCACAAGUCUACUUUGGGAGCUUCUAGAUUUAUUUUUUGUAGAUCAACCGUUGUAUUUAUUUAUUUAGUGAUUUUCAUACUCUUGUGUGUAAACGUACAUGGUGGAUACUUGUCUGAAUUCAUUCUUUCACAAAUUUCAUCUGGUUGUGUUAUAAAAAAGAAAAACAGUUUAAACAUUGCUCAUUGCACUAAGUGCGACAUUGUAAAUUCUGAAGAAGUUUUGAAUAAAAUUAACG